AUGGCUUCUCCGGCUUCGCUUGGCUCGAGAGCCCUGCGAGCUAGCAGUCGUCAUAUUCCCGUCACCUCCCUGCAACGGAGAGGUCUGGCCGCAGCUGCGUCCGGCAGCUUUCAGUAUGAGACGGGGGAUUCGUCGGGCGUCAAGUUCGCCAGCAGAGAUUUGCCAGGCCCAACGACUACUUUGACUGUCGUCGCAAAAGCCGGUACACGUUACCAGCCGCUGCCUGGCUAUUCCGACGCCCUCGAAAAGUUUGCUUUCAAGUCUACCACGAAACGAUCAACACUGCGCAUCACCCGAGAAGCUGAACUUCUCGGCGGCGAGUUGUCUGCAUACCAUUCCCGAGAGAACCUCGUCCUCCGAGCCAAAUUCCUGCGCGAAGACUUGCCGUAUUUCACCGAGCUGCUGGGAGAAGUUAUAUCAAAAACACGAUACACGACCCACGAGCUCAACGAAGAGGUGAUCCAUGUCAUGAAACUUGCGCAAAAAGGUCUCCUUGGAAGCCCUCUAUCGCUAGCACUCAAUUCCGUCCACGGUGUGGCCUUCCACCGCGGUUUGGGAGAGCCAUUAUAUCCCACGUCCUCGGUCCCGAUUCUCCAGUACCUUGAUGCUGAGGACGUUGCGAAGUUCAGCGACAGUGCCUAUGUUAAAGGAAAUAUUGCUGUUGUUGCCAAUGGUGCCAGUCACUCUGAAUUCUCCAAGUGGGUUGGCGAGUUCUUCCAAGACACUCCAAGUGGUUCCAAAUUGUCCAGCCCUGCUUCGAAAUACUACGGUGGUGAAGAAAGAAUCGCACACGCAUCUGGGAAUGUGUUUAUUAUCGGUUUUGAAGGGUCUAGCUCGUUCACCGCCGGGUCCUCGUACAAACCAGAAAUUGCAGUUCUGGCUGCGUUACUUGGAGGUGAAAGCAGCAUCAAAUGGUCCCCAGGCUUCUCCCUUCUGUCCAAAGCUGCACAUGAUUUCUCUCAGGUGCAAGUCUCCACUCAACACGCCGCGUAUUCCGACGCUGGCCUCCUCUACAUUACAUUCACCGGAAAUGCCACUCAGAUCGCCAAAGCAAGCCAGAACGCAGUCGACACGCUCAAGAAGGUGGCAGCAGGCGAAGUGGCAGAAGAAGACAUCAAGAAGGCCACCGCAUUGGCGAAAUUCAGAGCGCUUGAAGCUGGACAGCAGACACAGGCUGGUCUAGAAGCCACCGGAAAUGGACUCAUCGAGGGCGGGAAGCCUUUCCAGAUCGAUGAAAUUGGCUCGUCCAUCGACAAGGUCUCUUCAGACAAAGUCAAGGCGGCGGCGAAGGGUCUGCUGGAGUCAAAAGCAUCGGUGUCGGCAGUGGGAGACCUGUUCAGACUUCCUUUUGCGUCCGAGAUAGGCUUGACCGUUUGA